ACAACCUCUCGUACAUCGAGCACAUCUUCGAGAUCUCGCGCCGCCCCGACCUGCUGACCAUGGUGGUGCAGUACCGCACCCAGGUGCUCAAGAUCUCCGAGGAGGACGAGGUGGACACCAAGCUCACCCGCAUCCCCAGCGCCAAGAAGUACAAGG